UUUAAAUAAUAACAAAUUAAUAACUAAUACUAAUAUUAUAUAAAAUGAUCUUAACUUAGUUUAUAUUUAUUAACGAAGUUCAUAAUAUUGUAGACAUUGAAUUUAUUUGUAUUCAGGAGAGAUUUUAUUCAUCAGGUGCAAUUUGUAGGAAGUUUUAUAAAUCAAGAUACAUUUUCAACUUAAUUUAAUGGCGUUAACAUUUGGUGAUAACAUACAUACUAAAACUUUCACUCCUCAAGAAUACCUAGUUGAAGUUCUAAGUUCAGCUAAAAAUAAAAAUGUAAUUAUUUCAUUAGGAGGUUUAACAAAUAAAGUAUUUGUUAUUUUAAAUCUCAUUCGAGAACUUGCAUUUAAAAUUCACAGGAAAUAUGAAAAAAGAAAAUGGACUUUAUUAAUUUUAGAAGAGACAGAAAUUGAUCAAUACAUGUUUUCUAUCAGGCAUUUGACUGAUUUAAAACCGUUAUUGAUUAAAUCAGUCAAUGAUUUGGAUUUAAUUAAUUAUGAAGUAAUUGUUACUACUGAAAACCAGUGCUUAGAAAUGUUUGAAAAAAAAUAUUUAGACUUUGACCAGUUGAAUUUAGUUAUAUUCAAUAACUGCCAGAAAAUAACUGUGAUAAAUAGUACUUAUUUUAAGGAAGCUGCUGCAACAUUAAGGGAGCUAAUAAAAAAAGAUGCUAAAGAGCAAUUGAGUAUAAAAUUAGAAAAUGAUAUUCGUGUAGGGGAAGUUAAAAUCGGCAAUCAUCAUCUGUAUGCAAAGGUUGUUGACUUACCAACUAUCAUUGAAGGACAAAAAACUAUUGACAACAAAACUGUAUAUAAAACUGCAGAUAUAUGUCAGAUGAUUAUUUGCAAAGAAAACGAAGACUUUUUACUUUCUGAUGAAGAUGAUAAAACAAAAGUUUUAAAAAAAAAAGAACCUAAUAAAGUUGAUAAAAAAUAUUUGUGGCCACAUGGUAUUACACCACCAUUGAAAAAUGUACGAAAACGAAGAUUUCGUAAGACUCUUAGAAAAAAAUAUGUUGAAGCUCCAGAAAUUGAAAAAGAGGUAAAAUAUCUUUUAAAAAGUGAUAGUGAAGCUCUUAGUGUAAAAUGGGAAGUAGUAUCCGAAACAGAAGUACAAAACAAUAGAAAAAUUAAAGAAGAACCUUUUAUGCAAGGUGAAAUGCAUAAUGAUCUGAAACAAAAUAUUGCAGAAAGAGAUAUAUUUGGUGAAGCUCUUAGUGAUUCUGAUGAAGAGGCUGGUAAUAUAAACAUAAUGGAUAUGGAUGAAGAUAUGAGUCACUUAACUAAUGAUGAUAGUCGUUUCUCUGAUACUAAUUCAUUAAUGGAGGAAAAGCCUUCAAUAUCUGGAACUCAAAAACUUGUUACGGAGUUUACUAAAGAAAUGUUUAUUUCUGAUGAUAAUUCCCAUCAUGGAAUAAAAAUGGAAGAUGGAAUAGAUUCCACAUUUGAUCCACUGCACAGCGCCGAGCCGCAAACUCUAUCAACAUUGGUUCCAUUAAAAGCCGGAAAUGUUUCAGCUGAUGACAUUAAACAUAGAAUUGAUCAAUUACAACAAGAAAUUGAAGAACUUAAAGAACAUAAAAAACAACAAGAUUUGGAAAUUGCAAAUAUUGAAAAUAUUAACUUAAGAGAACGUUUCAUAAAUUUAUCUAAUAAUUUACUUACUGAACAACUAGAAAAAGAACAACAGAUUCAAGAACUUCAAUCAUAUCUUCUUUAACAUAGAUAGUUGAUAUAAAAUAAUUUUAAUUUUAUAAAUAACAAUUUUUUAAUCUUUAAGAUUGGUUAUGUUAAAUGUGUUUAUGUUCUUAUACAUCAAUAUGUAUAUACAUUUUUAAUAAAUAAUAUUAACACUUUGA